CCACAGCACGCACGCCGCCAAAAUGGCCUCUACACCAGCUCUCUCUGCCGCCAACCCCUCACAAGCGCUGCUCUCGCGCGCCCACUCCCCCGACGCCAGCGCCCGCAUCUUCGCCGACAAAGUCCAGAAAAAGCCGCUGCUGCUGCGGCCCACCGAGCCCUCCAUCAACAACAGCAACAGCGACGCGCGCCACCAGCGGCAAGCCGCGCGGCAGCUUGCGCGCGCCCGCGCGAAAUCCAAGCCGAGGCCGCUGUCGGCGGCGCAGAAGCGCGCGCUGCGGCUGUAUGAGCUGCCCGCUGCGCAGCGCAAGUAUGCGGUGUGGGAGCCGCUGCAUGGCAUGUGGUGCGCGUACAUGCGGGAGAUUCUGGGUAUUGGUGGUGCUGCGGCGUACGUCACGGCUGCCACGGCGGGGCCGAAGCUCGCGAGUGCGGAUUUCCAUGGCGCGGUGGUGGAGGUGGUGCGGGCGCGGUGUGUGGGCCGCGUGGGGGUGAGGGGCGUCGUGGUCAAGGACACGAAGUUUACGUUUGAGAUUGUGACGCCGCGGGAUCAGGUCAAGACCAUCCCAAAAGAACACACCAUCUUCCGCUUCGAGAUCCCCCUAGCGGCACCAGCACCGGCGACGGCACCAGACGCCCCUAGCGAGAAGCCCCGGAGCCUGGUCUUCGAGCUGCACGGCUCGCAGUUCGAGAACAGGGCGCCGGACCGCGCGAACAAGAAGUUCAAGCAGCAUAACAUGACGGAUCUAUGAGGAUGCCGGGCACAGAUAGCUUCCCUCCGUGUUUCCCAUAUCUUCGCCACCAGCAGCUCGGCUGGCAGCGCGCCCCAGCCGCACGAAACUGCGUGCUCGUCGCAUGCUCGGGAUACAAGUACCCGUGCGCCGACGGGAUGGAGUGUGUAUGAGCUGUUCUGUCCCGUCUUAAUUCCGCUGAAUCACGACUGGCACCGCAAUCGCUAGCGCAACAAUGCGCGCUGUAUCGAAUAUUCAGGACAAAAACGUCUGAGUUUAUUGAGGGUGCGAGAGAACAAGCCUGGCUCUCGCAGACACGGCGCUGGGGGUAAUUUGCUAGUUUCUGUCUGAGACGUAUACCACUAGUCCAUUAUCCCAGGCAGUGUUUCCACGAUGAUAGGUAGUUCAUCCCAGCAAGCGUGGCGCAAAGGCAUGCAUUCUAUGUUAUUUCCCUC